CACAAAAAACAGGGAGGUGUUGUUAUCUUACAAAAGGUUGAAAGAAAUUCUGCCUUCAUGUUUUUGUGCAACCUGCAAUAAAAUUUUCAGCCCGAGAGUGCAAGUAAGUCAUAAAAAUCAUUUUUGAGGUGGCCAUGGUAGUUAAUGAGGAUGUGAAGUUAUUUAAACAAGCAGUUAUGAGGCUGACACCAAUAGAGUUGUGGUAGUUGCCUCCAUCUUUUCCCGGUUUCCUAGACUUCAAGCUAUAUGGAGACAGCACACAAAACAUUUGAUAAAAUUAUACAAACACUUCAGCUCUCAACCACUUGUGGUACCUCCUACCAGCAGCUGUCAAAGUUCAUCUUCCUUGUUCUUGCUUAAAUGUGAAGUUUCUAUGAUGGGUUUGUUGUUGAAGUAUCCUAGAGUACUGGUUUUUUGUUUUGUAUUGAUGAUGGUAGGUGCAUUGAACUCAGCUCACUCAACUGUUUUGCUUCAUUUUACUCGAGCUCCCUCUGUAAGGUCAAGGUUCUCCACUGCUGUUUUUGAGUACUCAAUUAGAAGACCAGAUGGCUCUAAUGCUUGUAAAAACAAUGGCUGUUCUUUACAUUGUGAGCUUGAUGGCAAAAGCUUGAAACAGUGUCCUAUUGAUGUUAUUGUGUUCAAGAAUUUGAGUGUAAACCAUGAACACCAUUUUCUUCUCAAUGCCACAACCCUCAGCGGGGAGAGAAACUCCUCAGCUUAUUCAUGGUUCAUUGGUAAGCACUUUGAGCCCCAUUAUAUUUUGCUUGUUUUUCAGCAGUUCACGGUUCUUAUUUCUGGCCAGUCUCAUGUUUCUCUAAUAGACACAAUUCCCCCAACUGCAACAAUUUUAAGCAAACAGAAUUACACUAAUGCUGAGCGAAUAACGAUUGACAUUAACUUCAGUGAGACUUGUGCUGGAAGGGGUGGCUUUAAAUGCUUGAACUCAUCAAACUGUGAUGUCAUCAUAAAUGGUCCAGCUCAUCUAGAUGCAUCUUCCCUUAAAAUUAUCAAACCUAACAUCAAAUACAAACUUGACAUAAUACUUUCCAGGGAAAAUAUAUAUGGUCGUGUGGUGAUUAGAAUGGCAGAAAAUUUUUGUACAGAUAUGGCAGGAAAUGUUUUUACAAGGACAAAUGGUUCCACCAUAGUGAUUCGCUUUGAUAGAAGACCAGUUCUUGCUGAUUUAUGGAUGUCCCUUCCUGCCUAUGAGUUGGAGUUUAAUGGGGUCCCUAGAACUGUCCUCUCAACUAAUAAAAUGGAGGACUUGGAACUUUUCUUAGACUUCAGCAUUCCCAUUAUGAAUUCAACAGAGCAAAUCCUGAAUGCAUUUCGAUUGAAUUCAGGAAGCUUAAUAGUUAUCCAUCAUAGAUGCCAUAUGAAUCGCAGGUUUAUGUUUAAACUCACAAAUAUACCAAAAACUGAAAUAAUCACUGUUGAACUACAAGCAGGUUCUCUUAUCAGCAUAACAGGCACUCCUGUUUCACCUGUUCCUGCACUCACAUUUCUUUAUGAUUCUGUCAACCCCGGGGUAGGGCUAAGUACAAGCUCACAAAGCAUCACAAAACAACCCAGCAUCAAUGUGAUAGUUGAGUUUACUAAGCCAGUUUUUGGCUUUGAGGCUUCCAUGGUAGAUGUGGAUGGAGGGAGACUUACAAGGUUUAAGGAAUUUUCGAGAGCUCUAUACUCAAUGACAGUCCAGGCAGAAACUCAGAAUCUAGUCUCCAUUUCCAUUCCUGCAGGCAAAGUCAAAGAUGUUUCAGGCAACCAAAAUCUGGCAUCCAACAGACUUCAAGUAAAACACUAUUCGACCCCUGCUAUAUCAACUGCACUACACUCAUUUGUGACUGCUGGAAUAUUAGCAACAUCAUUGACAGCAGCUAUUCUUUCCCUCUCCUCUGCAAAUCUUGGAGCAAUAGGCAAUCUGCACUCAGGGAGUACAAAUUUUGUUGCUUCAGACCCCUCAAAGAAUCUGCAUGGAAUGAUUGGACACCUACAAGUUUUUGUCCUCUCGGACUGGCUCCUAACUAACCAACCCAUUGAAUAUUCUGAGACAAUGAAAGGCCUAAGGUGGCUUAUCCCUCGUCAAAAGCUUCCUUGGAGAAAGAAUAGGGAUUCAGUCUGGCCUAACCAUGUUUAUUUGGCUGAAGAGAAAAUCUCAAAGGAAAUUAGAUACCUACCAAUUGAAUCUUCUCAUGAAAGAAAGUCAUACCCACAACAUGAACUACUUUUUCCAACUGGAAUUGACCCAAAGUUUGGCGGGCUGUUUGGAUGGCGUAACAUAAGCUUGAAAAGUACUCCUUAUGGGCUACUUCUUAAUUCCAGUGAAUACUUCACUUAUUUUUUGAGAGGAGAGCCAUUGUCUGCUACCAAUGUAGUCAAGAAACUGGAGAACUAUAAGGGGUGGCAAGACUUGGGGAUGAACUUGUUCUGGCUUGGUGUUGGAUGCAGUAGCUUACUGAUAAUUCAUUUUCUAACAUUACUUUUCUUAAGAUGGAGGAUGGGAGCUCCAGCUCAUGGGAUGCUUUCGGUUUUGAGGUUUGCACUCUUUCUUCUAAUUCUCAUGCUACCUUGUAUCUGCCAGUCUUCAGCAUUUGUAAUAAGAGGUGGUACUACAGGAGGAAUAAUUACAGGGGCUCUAUUGCUAGCCAUCCCAGCAGCACUUAUUCUAUCAGUUUUCCUAUUUCUUGUUAUUGCUAUCUUUUUAGGAAGUUUUGCACAGUAUAAAGAAAUCAGGUACGUGGCUCUAAAGGAGAAGUGGCAUACAAAGCUAUGGUUUUUCUUUACUGGAAGGCCAUCUAUAGGGAAAUGGUUUUACAGGGAAGGGCUGCCUUCCUCUUUCUUCGCACUCUUUGGGAUUCUCUUUGAGAAUCGAAAAGGUCCUCCAUUGUUUGUCAUUGUCGAUGAGAACGACCCUAACACCAUACCUAGGUGGAUAGAAAGCAACCAAAGUGGGAUUGGAAGAAUGAAAGCUAUCAGCUCAGACAACAGCAAUGAAGAAAUCAGAAUUCCUACGUCCGGGAGGAUAUUGGGGUGUGCUAAAUCCUCCUAUGUUGUUCUUGAUCUUUUAAGAAGAAUCAGUAUGGGGGUAAUUUGUGGAGCUUACUCUUUGAAUAAAUUAAGCCAAAGCCUAUUUGCUUUGACAAUCACACUGCUACAAUUCAUGUGUUUGUUUACUCUCAAACCAUACAUCCGAAGAGGAGUCCAAGCAGUGGAAUGUAUGGCUCUGUUGUGUGAAGUAGGCGUUUUUGGUCUAUGUAUCAGACUGAAUAACUCACAUCCAACCGAAGCAAAAACUCUUGGAUUGUUAAUGAUAGGCCUGCUCUUCCUCACUUUUGUUACUCAACUUAUAAAUGAGUGGUAUGCUAUAAUACAAAGCAUUUUAAGACUUUCUCAGCCCCAAAAAAAUUCUUUCAAGCUGGGAUUGAAGUUUGUUGCUAAGGGCCUUGUGUUACCUUUCCUUCCAAGGAAGUAUUGGUCAAGAUUCAUCCCUGCUUCCUCCAAACCAGUAAUAGGCCUAACUUCAGUCACUCCUCAAAGUCCCGAAACUGAAUAUGUUAGAAGAAAUACUAGAGGACCCAGUGCCGACCCCUUUAGUGCCAUGACUGCAACAGUAGUCCCUGUACUCAGUCCUGGCUCACCAGGCCUUAAUGUUAGUCAAACAAACAGUACACAGCAAAGAGUUGCAGAAGGUAAGCGGGCAAAGGGACCGAAAAUAGAGCCCAAGAAUGAGAUGAAGAAGCUAAGAGAGUUGGCAAAGGCUAGUUUCUAUGGAGAUUUAACUAGUGGGGGAGCUAGUACUAGCAAUGCAUUUAGGCUGGAAUCUCACUCUCCUGAAACCUCUGAUGACCCUGAAGCCUCCACUUCCAAAUUCAGGAGAUAAUGUUUUAAGUGACAAGGCUGCGGAAAAAGGGUGUUGAAAUUCAACUUUCCAGUGCAGUUAACAUCUUUUUUGUUUCAGAUAGACUUGUAGCAUGACUUUGAACAAUUAACUACAAUGUUUCAAGCGAA